CUCAACACCCAUCGUCAUGAAUAUUCAUAAUUUGACACUUUGUGGGAGUUGAUGUGGAUCUCCUUGUGUAUAAAACCCAGCACCUCUCAUUGCAUCUUUGCUUGGGGAUGCUUGACUAAGACGAAAUCUAAGGAAAGCAUUUAACAGGUCCCUAUACAGACUGAACUUAAGACAAUGGAGACCAUAAACGAAAUCAUUCCAUUCGCUAAGGAGAUGCUGAGCCAGAGGCCCAGUCGAGGCAUGAUGAAGGUGUACCUGCUGGGUUCUACCCUGGCAUUUUUUGGAGUUGUCGGUGGGCUGGUGGAAACGGUCUGCAUGCCAUUUUGUGAACAGGAGCCAUUAGAUGAGGAAAUGAUCAAGCUGAUCACAGAGGAGAAGAAGAGGCAAAUGCUGGAGCCAGAGAUAACCACUGUCGAGCCUGAUGUUGUGGAUGAGUUGCAAACAGAGAUUGAUGCUAAGAAGCCACUGGAAGGUCGUCAGAGGAGGGCGUCUAUCAGGUCACCUGCCUGUUGAAGAUGCACUGCAACAACAUCUUAUGUUACACACACUAAUGAAACCAACACUCAGAACACAAAAUGUGGUGAAAUAAGCUGUCAACCAGGCAAUCAAAAGAGAUUGCACUUGGUGAUUUUUGUCAUGAUAAUUUGGCCAUGUUUAGGGACCCCUUGACUUAUUAUUAAUGAGAAGAGAAGAGGCUGAAUGGAUGGAUGGACGAAUGCAACAACAAGCUACAGUGAUGACUGGCUGCUGGGCAGCAGAAGCUCUGUGACUGAUUGAGAAUUUGUAUUUUCUUUUGGCUUCCUAAUAAACCUAUUUUAGGUUACCACUGGGUCAUGAACUGGUUAAUGUCAAACAGUGCUGUGAGUAGUCUACUGUAGCCUAUCUAAUUAUUUAUAUAAACCCUAGAUGACUGUUUUAAAGCCACUGCACAGGUCUUUUUGUACUCCAUUGUAAAAAAUAUUUUGGAAGCUAUAGAAAUGCAUUUAUAAAUGUGUAUAUUCGUUUUUGCUAAGUAUAUUCUAUUACAUACACAUUGAUGCAUACAUUUCAAUUGUAUUAUGUGAACUGAACAUAAAAACAAAAAAAUAAAGACAUUAAUAAAAACA